ACAGGAGCGACUCCAGGGACAUCAGAAGUGCGCUUCACAGACGGAAGGUAAGUGUGUCAGUGGUCACGAAAGCUUAUUUUAAUCUUUCACAGCAAACUAUUUAACUGCACCACCUACUGACGUCGCUGAGUCAAUGUGACAGGAUAAAACAGGUUGCUAUUGUGGCAAAAAAAAAAGGUUGCUAUUGUGGCUACAGUAACACCCAACCAAAAAUGUCGAACAAACACGAACUUUGAAUCCUCAAUGGAAGUUGCGCAACUUUAUUUCGAUUAAGUUGAUCUGACCACAUCUGAUCACAAAUACGAAUAAUUCAUCUUGUUGCAGAGAAACGUAUAAAAGCACAUUUUAAUCAGGAAGGACGCUUCAAGCACACUUGUCCCAUUUGCAUUUUUGGUCUAAGAAAAUAGGAGCAUAUAACUACUGACUGAGGAUGAAUUGGGGCUGGGGGAGGUUGUGCUGGUCAUUGUGAAAGUGACAGUGUUACUUUUAAGGGACUUUACUUCAGAGGUUUGAUUACUUUUUCAAGGACACAGCUUCAUUGUGUGUGACAAACUUUAGUUCCUUCCAAUCAAACAUUACUCAAAAGCUGGAAAAACUUGCUAUGUGAGAUUGUUCUUUCGAUUGGGUUUAAGAAUAAGAAGAACUUUAUUAAUCCCCGAAGGCAAAUUCAACUGUCUCAUUUGUCAUGUCAAUCUAAAAGUCAUCUAGUAUUUACACAAGAGUUAUAAAGUCUAAUGGCUGUUGGUAGAAAAGAUCUUCUGAAUCUUUCUGUCCUGCAGCGAAAAGAGAGGAGCCGUCCACCACCAGUGGUCCUUUGGUCCAUCAAGGUGUUGUGAAGUGGGUGAUCCAUGUUCUUGAGAAUAGUCUCCACCUUCCUCAGUGUAGAUCUCUCCACCACAUCCUCCGCUGAGUCCAGCUUGAGUCCUAACACAGAGCCAGUCUUUUUCACCAGUUUGUUAAGACGUCUUGCAUCUUUGUGUUUGAUGCUUCCUCCCCAGCAGACUACAGCGUAGAACAGAACACUUGCCACCACAGACUGAUAAAACAUCUGCAGCAUCUUACUACAGAUGUCUAUUGACCGGAGUCUUCUCAGGCAAAAGAGGCGGCUCUGCCCCUUUCUGUAGAUGAAGUCUAUUUUCUUAGACCAGUCCAACUUAUUAUCCAGAUGUACACCUAGGUAUUUAUAUGAUGUCACCACUUCGAUGUCCACUCCACAGGUGUUCACUGGUUGAACAUAUUUACCCCAAUAUGUACCUUGUCUUUUUUUUUUUCUUAGAAAUUUCUGAUAGUUGGAUAGAAAUUCAAAGGUCCCUUGUGGCAUUAUGUAACCUCUGAAUUAAUUUGAUAAAAUCUUUAUCUAAGCUCAGCAUUUUUUGCUCAUUUGUAAAUAUUGUUGAAUGUCGUGUUUUGUCAAAUGCAGACAAAACAGCAACAAUGUGAUGUUGGCAUUAUCUAUCUGCCAUUGGCUGAAGUGCUCUGGUUUUGCCGGUAUCAGCCAUCAGAAAAAUGAUAUUGAUCAACAACUACAUUUAGCUGUUCAAACAAUAUUUUUCAAAACUUAAAUAUAUUUUCACAAUGCAUGGGAGCAGUCAAGAGUACAUGGGGGCACAUUCAGCUUUAUGGUUAUUUAGAAAACAUUUACGUUUUUUAGACUUGCAUGCUAUGGAUUUCCAGAUUUUCAGCUUCAAAAUAAUAGCAACAAUGACAAAAACAAUCAAGGUGGGAUGGGGGGUACUUAUUGCAGGUACAUUUGGAGGAUGGCUCAAAAGAGGGAGUAAAACUCUAGAUUUAUUGCCACUCUGGAAAAGGCAAGGGAAAUAUCCAAAAAGGGAGGGACAGGCAAGAGGAAAGAGGAGAUUUCUUUAGUAUAAAAACACAGAGAAACAGCUAAAGAGAAAUUGAUGCUAGAACUUGAGUCUCUCACAGAGCAGGUGAAAGAUGGGGAGGAAAACCAAAAAUGAUUGCUUGGGUUGCUGUGGACUCUGUGCGACAGCCACACAAUGAAAUACCUGAGGAACCUCAUGGCUCACAUGAAACCAAAUCCUGACCUUCCACAUGUGAAACUGUAGGUAAAUAUAACACCAAAAUAACCACAGGUAGCUGUGGUUGGUAGAACAAAUAAAGCAGAUGUUCAAAAAGUGUACAGAUGAGCUAUUUCUCCAAUGCAAGAGGCUCUGCUCAUCAAAAUUAGGCCCAGCCUGAGGAGUGCAACCCAUAAACUAACAGUAAUAUUAUUCCUGUAUCAUUUCUUGUCUUUGGCAAAAAAAUGUUUUCUGUGUUUGAAACUUUUCAGGAGACCAUGGAAAAAAAGCAGGUGAUCAUUGACACAGACUGCGGCAUUGACGAUGCUCAGGCUAUAAUGAUGGCUCUGGCAGCACCCAACAUCCAGAUUGUGGGCAUCACAUGUGUGUUUGGAAAUGCAGUGGUGGAAAACGUUUGUCAGAAUGUGUUGAGGGUGCUCUCUGUCUGUGAGCAUGAAGGGGUAAGUACUCUGAAGUGUUUCGAACAUAAAGGCACAGUUGCUUUGAAUGUUUAAUUUGGAUCAGACUGAUUUGGAAAAUCUAUUAUUUCAUACUGUUACUCUUCCUCUUCCGUCAGGGGAAUUUGAAGGUCACAGCAGUCUAAUUUUUGUUUUAGCUGAGACAAAUACUGUAUGGAAAAAUGACCAGAACUCUCACACUGAACCCACUGUGAGACUGAAUCAUGCAUAAUGUCUCAAGAGUCACUUUUAAGACUAGUGAGAAAAUGUACAAGAUCUCUUUUUGGUCUGAUUCAUUUUUGUGUAAGAAACACAAAUUAAAUGAGACAUAGACAAGAUCUGAUUUGAAAUAUCACUUUCAGGGGUGUGACUUGAUGACAUAUUUUUUAUAGAGGGGUGUCAAAAUCCACAAAAACUGGAGGUUUGUCUUAAGUGCUUUACUUCGAAUUGAAGCCAUUAGAUGAAAAUCUCUAAAGGGUAAGAAUCCAUCAUUCACUUCAGUUUAUUUUCGUGCAAAAUAAAAAAAAAGUUCCAGGUUUGGGCGUUAUUGUUCAACUGUUUCACUGUUAACUAAUUCAUCUAACCAGCACCAAAGCCUUCAGUGUGUUGCAGCCUGCUGUUGCUUUGUGUAAGUUUUCUUCAGUUUGGUUGAUGUCUUUUUGUACAUGUCAUCAUGACUGCUUGUUUCAGCAUCGUUUCCUCCUAGACCAUGAAUCAGAAGUUUCAUGUUCCCCAAAUGAAUUAAAGGCAGAAGUAAAAUUGUUGUCUCUUUGCAGUUAAUAUUAUCUGUUUGCAUUCAGACAUGUAUAUUUUGGCAUUAGAUUUUAAAAAAGAUACACUCAAGAGGACUCUUAGUGUUUGAACAGCUGAUCAAGCCACGAUAAACACUGAUGUAUUUGACUGAAACUCACCUUUAACAGGGUCACAUUUUAAAUAGAAACACUGUUUGUACUAAAUUAGUCAUGUAGGAUAUGUUAACAAAAAUGCUGUUUGAUUUCUUAAAUUAUGUGUUGUGUCUGAAACUCUGUUGGAACAUGCUGCUGCUGUCUUGGCCGGGACACUCUUGUAAAAGAGAUUUUUAAUCUCAUUGAGGUUCUCCAGGGUAAAUAAAAUGAAAUUAAAAUAGAAAUGUUAACAAUUCUGUAAAACUUGAGUUAAAGGUUGGUACAUCAAUUCUGACAGCUGGCCAUGCAACAUCUUGAUAUUUUGAUCCUAUUAAAGUUUCAAUUUAGUGUGUAAAACUUGCAGGUAGACCAAUAGUUCGUAAAGGUUGACUGACCAUUUCCAAUAUGGCGACUGCCAUUGCAUCCAUGGUUUGGUCUUAAGUAACCAUUCACAGGAGACAGGAUGUCAUUAUAAUAGAUUGCUUUCUGCCUGCUUUUGCUCUCCACACAAAUUGUCCAGCAAACACCAAAUCCUGUUGCUCAACUGGUCGAUUUUACUCCAGUCCAGUCCAGUCCAGGGUGUACAUUUCGCAAAUUCCACAUUUUUCUCAGAAUCUAUAGAACUUAACCAUUAACAAGCAGCUUUAAUGAUCAAAUUCCUUUUUCCUGCACAACAUUUUGAAGUUUACUAAAAUGGUCAUAAGGUCAUUGAAAGGGUUUAAUAUAAUCAAACUAUCUAGAAAAUGUUUAAAACCCUUUUCUUACUGCAGAGACAUGACCAGUCAAUAUAAAGUCUUAAAAUUAAAACUGUUACUAUCAAAAGUCAUCAUCUAAAUGUGUUUGUAUUUAGACUGGAGUAUUUUGUAUUCAAAGCCACUCAAAUAAUGGCCUCAUGCUUAACCUGCAUGUCUGUGAACAUCUUCCUGAACAUCUGUCUGCAGAUUCCAGUGUUUCGAGGUUCAGGUGGUCCUCUGGUCGGAGCUGGAAGCUCACCCACUGACCACUUUGGCACUGAUGGAUUUGGUGAUGUGAUCAAAGACAAAGACACACAGUGGGAGGAGAAAAUCCAGGGAGAGCAUGCAGUCAGUGCAAUGAUCAGACUGGUGACUGAGAACCAAAAGCAGGUGAGAAUCCUCACUGUGAUUUAUCUCUAAUUUGAAGCAGCUCUUUGCACACACACAAAAGAAUGCUCUCCACAGGUCUCCUUGGUGGCCCUUGGCCCGCUAACUAACCUAGCCUUGGCUGUCAGACUGGAUCCAAGUUUUCCCCAAAAACUAAAAGAUCUUUACAUCAUGGGAGGCAACAUGGAAGGUACGACAUACUUAGGUUUUUGAAAUAUGUAAGCACUUUUGGUUUUAUAUAAUUGCAUUUUGUCUUUGUAGGAAAAGGGAACAUCACAUUAUGUGCAGAGUUUAACUUUGUGAUGGAUCCAGAGUCUGCCUACAUUGUUCUUGAAGAGUUUCUCUGCACAACAUACAUUGCAUCUUGGGAAUAUGCCUGCAGAAAUGCACUUACAUGGGUAAGAUGUGUGUUAGCAACCAACAGGUGGACUUCUCUUUUUUAUCAUUUAGUUUUAUUGGUUUAAAAUGUGAUUUUUAACACAAUGUAAUUGACAACCACUGUCUUGAGGGCCUGUGUCCACCAACAGCAUGUGUUACACAAACACGGCCCACAACCUUAAUUUCAGAGUGCUUCCUGCUGGAUUACGGAAACUUGUCUUGUGGUGCUUUAGCUGCUCCCAGUUUUGUCAGUUCUGGCUGUUUUAAAUUGCUAAUUUAUGUUAUAAAUUUAUUCUAAGCAUGUCUUUAUUCAUGGACAGUUUAUCACGUUAACAUCAAAACAGUGGAAAGGGACUAUGUCUGAGUAUUAGCAACUGAGAAUCUUGGAAAAUUAGUUGCCUGUAAACGACUUUUGUCUUUCUCUGCCUUAGUUGUUGCAAAAGUUCAUAAAGGAGUUCCUGCAUUUCUUUAUGUUUAUUGGUUGGUAUUAGAGGAGUGAUGUACCAAUUUCAUGUGAAGGCACUGCAAGCUCAUUCCAAAUGUAUUUGUCUUAGUACAGAAAAACCACCGGAUGGACACAGGCCCUAUCCUGAAGGACAAUAUGAUCAAAUCUAUGACUGACUUUAUUGAUGUCUCUUUUGUGCAGGAGUUCUUUGAAGAGAUGAUCAACCAGGAUGCACCUGCUGCAGCCUUCAUGAAGAAAAUCACAUCGAAAUGCUGGGCGUACUCCAAAGAGGCCAUGAUGAAUAAGAGAGAUGUGUACUUUGGACCUGCUUUUGUCUCCUAUGAUGCGUAUGCGAUGUCAGCGUGUAUUGAUGGCAGUUUGGUUACAGAGAAAAUCGAAUGCCCCGUCCGUGUGGAGCUGCAGGGUUCAAUGUGUCGAGGCAUGAUGGUACUGGAUCGCACAAAUCAGCUGAAAAAAAACCACAGUGUGUUUGUUUUGGCUAAAUGUGAUGUUGACAAGUUGAGUCAGUUACUCAGGAUGUCUCUUAGACAACCAUGCAAGAAGUAAUCUUUUAACUCUGUUAUCCGGGAUCAACUUGAAAUAUUGUUAAAUGUACCAUUUAAAAUGGAUGAUUGGUAACCACUUGUGCAUGAGCAACUCUUUGAUUAAGGUGAAAUUUCUAGUAUGCAUAGACAUGGAAAGAAGAGGGAACUGCAGCUGUAAAUGGUACAUGUUUUUUCUGUGUGUGCAUUCAUUAAGAGCUUUAAAAACUAAUGAAAGAACCUUAAAAUGUACUCUAACAGACACAGGUAACCAAUGCAGAGAUUUUAAAUUUGGUUGGAUCUCUUCCUGGUGAUGAUACCAAUGUGAUACUGACGAGAUACAAAAGCAAACAAAACCAAAAGCAGCGAGACAGUUCAUUUCUUAUUCAUUACUUUAAUAUCUGGAAUGAAGCAGGUGAAACCCAGCAGUCAGAUUGGACAUCAGUCAUCUAAAAAGGAUGUAAUAUUACUAUUUCACUGUUUGGUUUUUAAACUCUUUAAAACUCCUGCCAAAGGGUUGUCAGGAGCCAUGGUUGAGUUUUUGUAUUGUAUUCAUGGUCGAACCUAAUGUCUGUUGAUUAUUGUAACCUGGUGUUGAAAAUGAAGCCAAUGUAGAAAUGCAUCAAAAAGAUGCAAUUCUUGAGUGUCCACUAGAGGCUGCUUGCAAAAGCCAAGGAAUUCACAUUAACACAGAUGUUAAAAUGCUUUUUUUUUUUUUUUUUGCAGAAAUAUUUAAACAUAUUUACUUCAUAGAAUAAACAACAUAACUUUUGAGUCAUACACACUUUUCAAAAAGUGAUUUUUUUAUUACGCAGUUGUUUUGAAGAUAGUAAGACAAUAAUAUCAAGACAGAGAAAUAUAUUAAUUUUUUUUGUUUAUUUUUUUCUUUUUAAUUUUUUUGCAGUUUCUUUUUUUUUGCAUUUUUUUGCAAAUUUUUUUCCUGCAAAAUUUAUUUUGCUGUGUUUUUUUAUUUUUAUUUUACCUAAUGUAGGAUGAAAGAAGAGCUGUCAAACAAUAAUAUCAAGAUAGAGAAAUAUACUUAAUUCUUUAUUUUAUUUAUUUAUUUUUGCAAUUUUUUUUUUUUUUCCAAGUAAAGCAAGGAGUUGGGGUUUUUUAAGUCCUGCCUCUGCCUCUCUUAAUGGCAGGGAUGAUUGGGGGUCAUGGCCCAUUUUUGAACCUUCAUAAUGGACCGAUAUACUGUACGAAACAGACACAAGAAAAGAACUAGCUUGUGACUGCUUGUAGGCUACUCUAGAACUAUAAUAGCAUAAAAUCACAUCAUGCAGAUUAAAAGAUUAAAACAAAAUUACACUAAAAGCCAGACUGAAAAGGUUUAGUUUUUAGUUUACUUUUAAAAAUAUGAACGGUAGGUGUCGCUCUCAGGUCUGCAGGUAGGCUGUUCCACAGAUGGGGACCAUAAUGUUGGAACGACUAUUCACCAUGUUUUAGUUUUUACUUUGGGAACAAUAAAAGACCACCACCUGAAGACCUGAGGGCUCUACCAGGCUCAUAGCAAAUCAGACAAAUAAGAAGGACCAAGACCAUUAACCCACUGUUUGAUUUAUUUGUGAAUCCCACAAUAAAUGUCCUACAUGAAAACAAUGAUGGGUCCAGCAAGGACUUAACUCCAUACAUGUAGAAAAUCACAGAGGAAAUAAAGUGGAGCCAUAAUGUUUAAAAAGCGGGAUUAAAAAAAAGAAUCAAGUACAUUUUCUUCUUAUCCUUUUUCUUUAAGUUAAAAAUGCUCUUUAACUUUGCCAACAGUAUGAUCUUACAGCUGAAAACCAAUGUGGAGUGGAGGUGUUAGAUGUUUAAACAAAAUCCAUAGACUCUGAAGUUUAGCUUGUUUUCUACAAUAUUCUAAUGUUUUGAGAUUGUGGAUAUUUUUGUGAGCUGUAAUCAUCAAGACUCAAACAAAAAAGGCCUUUAAUUUUUCACUUUGAGUGUGAUAAAUCUAGAAUAUAUGGGAGUUUCACUUUUGAAUUGAAAAAUGGGGGAAAAUAAACUUAUUGGGGAUGUUUUAA